AUGGCUCUCGACGACGAGUCGCCGGCAUCAGCCCACGAUGGCGGGGGCAGCAACUCUGGCAAGCGGAAGAGCGACGAUCCCCACCAGCAACAGAAGCAGAAGCGCAAUCGCUACAUCUCGAUAGCAUGCAACGAAUGCAAACGACGAAAGAUCAAGUGCAAUGGCCAAACCCCAUGCCAGCGAUGCGGCAAUCUCGCUCUCGACUGCGUCUACGCUCCCAACUGCUGCACCUCCAGCUUCAAGGAUACGGACGAAUUCCGCGCAAUGUCCAACCAGAUCUCCUCGCUCCAGGACCAAGUAAAUGCUCUGUUUGCUAGCAUGAACUCGUUGCGCGCCGACCUCGCCAACCAACAACCACCUAUCGAUCCUUUUCUGCAGCAUCAUGCAUCUGCAAGACCCGCCUUCAGAGGCCCUACGAGCUUGGAGUUUGCGCUGGGUGUCGCCAAGAAUCAUCUCGAGAACAUGGGCAUAGCCCCUAGUGCUGCCGACGACCAAGCUCUGCGUGAAGACUCGCCUCCACAGGUGGUUUCGUUGCAUCCCACCAAAGAUCCUAUCUGGCACGUCGGCCGUGACGAGGCUAUUCGGCUGAUUCGUGUCUACCAAGAUGAUAUGCACGUCAUGUAUCCACUGCUCUCCAUUCCCGAUCUUCUCGCCUACGUGGACAAGCUUUUUGCCUUCAUGGAGUCCGCCCAGAGGACCGGCCUUAUGAUGGCCUCUCUCCCCGGAGCCGACUCUAUAGACGAUGAGGAGACCAACAUACUCAAAAUCGUAUUGGCUACUGCUAUGGUUGUUGAGGGCUCGGGCAGAAGCGAGCUCGGUCGGGCAAUGUACACUUAUUUGCAACCUUCAAUCGAUGCUCUCUUGCUGGGUGAGACGGGCUUCAGAAGCGUGCAGCUGCUUGCACUCACGGCUACAUAUCAAUUCCACUGCGACAACGAAGGAGUCUCGUGGCGCAUCAUAGGCUUGACUGCUCGCCUCUGUAUCGAAUUGGGUUUGCAUCGCAGAGAGACAUACGACCGCAUGGACGAAGAGCAACGUACAGGGGCCAUGCUUACGUUCUGGUCCGUCUAUUGUCUUGACAGGAGGUGGAGCUUUGGCACUGGAAUGCCUUUUGCUCUGCAAGACUCUGACAUUGACCCAAAUCUACCAAAGCCAGGCGAGAAAUCACUCUACUUGACUGCCAUGAUCGAACACUUUGCUAUUGCAAGCAAAGUACGGCACCUGAUAUAUUCAGACUCGAGCAGAAAACAGGUCAGUAAGGAGGAUGUGAGUUAUCUCGACUUCCAAAUCGUCAACUGGCACAGAAACCUCCCUGCACAGCUGCACUGGGAUCGGGAAAGCUGGAGCCAAGCAGAUGGAGACAUGUCUGUUGGACAACAACGCCUCCCCAUCAUUCUCUACCUGCGUGCAAAUGUCAUGCGCGUCAUGAUCCAUCGGCCGGUGCUGCACUCGACAGCGUCGAUUGUGAGCAACCCCAUACAAGCACAGACGGUGGUGGACAUUGCCAAAGACACGAUCCGUAUCUUGACGCAUAUCAACCGAACAAGCAGAAUGUACCGAGCGUCGCAGAGCUUGUUCAAUGCCUUCCUCACAACAGCUUUGGCGGUCUUGUUCCUUGCAGUAUCACACAUGCCCGAGACAUAUGCAGGGCAGGUACGUGAGGAGUUCUACAUGGCGCUAGAUCUUGUGCGUGGGAUAUCAAAAGGUAGCUGGGUCAGUAAGAGGUUAUGGAAAACGAUCCGGCUGCUUAAAGAGGUAGGGCCUAAGCUUGGAUUGAUGACAAGUAACGCACAGAGCGACCCAAACCAUUCAGCGGCAGUCGCUAUGGCUGGACUUGCAGGACACAAGGUUGAUGAGGGAGCGUUCUUGAACCCCGGGGGAUGGAAUAACAUGGGUAGUGUAUCGUCAAACUCGCCUGACGGAAUGGUGCAAGACCUGACGAAUCUGUUCGAGGCAGCUGGAGGCUACACGAAUGGAUUCGGGGGUGGGUUUGGGACAGGGGUGAAUCAUACGGACGAAAGAGGAUUCGGCGGUGAGGAUGAGCUGAGUAAGAUCCUACGGGAUUUGUUCUAG